ACGUGUUAAUAUUUUACCCUCACCUCCCUCCAUUUUCCAUUCUGCCAACCAAAACCAACACUUUCACACACCAAUGAACCACCUCCGCCCCCAAACCCACAUCGCCCCCACCGAUGGAUCUGCCGCAUACGACGCCUCAUCCGCGGACGCAAAGCGCAGCAAGAAGCGCGGCAGUUACAACUGCGGCCGCUGCGGUCUCCCCAAGAAGGGACAUAACUGCAACGUCAAAACCCCCACGUCCCCUUCUCAUUCUUCUCUCUCCACCUUCUCUGCCGUUUCCGCAGCUCCUUCUUCUGCUUCCCUGGUGCGCCAGCCCCCGCCUAACCUCCGCCGUGCGCUUUCGUUUGAAGACGCCGUCGCCGGCGGUGGCUUCGAUGACGACCUGAUGGACCUUGCCGGAGGAGAUGCUGGAGGUGCAUUUCCCGAAUCCGAUCUCGAUCUGGAUCUGGAUUUAGAUUCUAGCGGUUUGCCGAUGAGCCUUCUGUGGGAAGUGCUGAGGAGGCUGCCGCCGGCGGGGCUAUUGUCUGCGGCAAGGGUGAGUAGAGUUUGGAGGGAGACGACGAAGAGGUUGUGGAGGGCAGCAGAGGAGUUGAAUGUUAGGGUUCCGGCGAGAGUUCAGGUGGGUUCUGUUGCGUCGAUGUUGCAGAAGUGCCCGGGAAUUGUGAAGCUCUCUAUUAAAAUGGAGAGUGAUGUGGAUUCAACCAUGUUGGCUUGCAUUGCCUUCUCAUGCCCCAAUCUGGAGUACAUGGAGAUCUCGACCACUGACACUGCUAUCAAUCGGAUCAAUGGGGAUGAAUUAAGUCGAUUUGUUUCGGAAAAGAAAAGUCUAAAGAGCCUCAAGAUGGAAGGUUGCUGUAAUCUAGGCCGUCUUGUUCUUUGUUCAUCUAGUCUUUCCACGCUUUGGCUGUCAGAUUUGUUCUCUCUUUCAAAAAUGGUCUUUAACUGUCCCCAGUUAAGAGAGAUUUCCUUGGAGUUCUCUCGUCAAGAAAAUGAUGGUACUGAUCUCAAAACUUUGAUGGAAGGUUUGGGAAGAAGUUGCCCCAGUUUGCAGAACAUACAUAUAUCUUCAAUGCACCUUUCUCAUGCUGUUGUGCUUGCUAUUACGGCUGCGCAUUUAAGGGAGUUGCGAAUGCUUUCACUUGUUCUUGGAUCUGAAAUAACUGAUGCAUCUGUUGCUGCAAUUGCUUCAAGCUACCCAAAUUUGGAAUUACUUGAUCUCAGUGGAUCUGGCAUAAGUGACAGUGGCAUUGGAAUGAUUUGCAAUGUAUUCAGUGAAACAUUGACAAGACUACUUCUUGCACUUUGCCCCUGUGUGUCUUCAAGUGGUAUUCAAUUCGCUAUGGCUCAGUUACCAAACCUUGAACUUAUGGACUGUGGUAUGACCAUAUGUGAUCCUAAUUCCGACAAUCCGACUGCAGACGACAAUAGUUGUGAAUCACAACACAGAUCUAUUGCUAAUGGUCACCUAACAAACCAGAAGCUAAUCAUCAAACAUAGCCGUUUAAAGAAACUUAGUUUAUGGGGUUGUUCUGGCUUGGAUGCUUUAUAUUUAAACUGCCCACAACUUACUGAUCUCAACCUAAAUUCUUGUAGAAAUUUGCAUCCAGAGAGGCUGUUACUUCAGUGCCCUGGUUUGGAAAAUGUGCAUGCAUCUUGUUGUCAGGAUCUUCUAAUUAUGGCCAUUCAAAAUCAGGUCCGCAAUGCUUAUACAGCCAUGGAAAAUCUUUUGCUUUGUAAACGUUUACCUGACGGGUCCAAAAGGGUCCGGGUUCCUCAUCAUUUACUCAGUAACGAGUCACCUGAAGAUGAUAAUAAACGGAGAAAAAUUGAGAGACGGCUUUGUAAUGUGGUUGUGGACUGAUGCUCGUACUGACUAAUUGUAAUGUAUAACGAAAAAUAUCUUGUAUGAUAUAAUUUGAACUCUACUAUGUACCCAAAAUAUUUAAGUUAGGUUUUCCAAUUGGUGCUUUGGAGCAUAUAAGCUAAGAGCAAUAGAUUGGAACGUUUUCUUGUUUUAGUAUUGUAGUUAAAACUAUACAGUCUGCAUAAUCGGCCAUGUAUAUUUGGCUUAGUUGAUAUAAAUGAUUCAAUAUUGAACUAA